GGGGCGGUAGUGAGCCGACGCCAGCUCAUUCCAGCAGCGUGACGCGCGAAGAAGACGCCGCGCUCCAAACACACUAUCGGAAGGUAGCGGGAACUUCGCGAAUGUUAACGUGUACUUUUUAAUCUUACGGUGGCUGGAGGCUGUUUCUUGCCGUGGAUCAGUGAUCAUGGAGGGAGAUGAAAUUGAGAUGAGCGAAGAGGAGCUUCAGGAGUGGAUUAAAGAAGAGGUCCGCAAGUGUAAACUUGUUUCCCCAGAUGUGUUGGAGAAAUGCAAGGUGCUGCAGUCUUAUUUGGAAAGGAGGGAGAAACGGGCCGCGCACCUCCUGAAGCUUUGCGAGUCUGUGUCAGCAUGUGAAGCAAUUGUACAGAAACAGUACUCUUUGCUUGGGUGGGACUACACAGACACACAUUCUGAGGAUGACGACAAAAUCCCCAACUGUGGACCUUCACCUCAAUCUGCAUGUGGCUCUGUUCAGGCUGACACUCAAGACAAGCGUUCUUCAGCUAAUAAACUGCAGCAUAAUGAGCAUCUGAAUAGCAAUUAUGAAAAAAUCUGUUCUCUUGUAUUAAAAAGAAAACCAGUAGUGGUCUUGACCAGACUGCCCAGGUUUCAGAUCAGUGCUGUACAACCACCAACACCUAAGAAACAAUGCAGUCAAGACCAGCUGUCCUCUAGCAGUUUGGAUUCUGAAGAGGUCUGGAAACCAGAUGAAGACUCAAGUUAUUCGGAUCAUUCCAUCCCAAGUUCUGAGACAGACUCCAAUAAUAAGAGAAAUCUUCAUGAUGAGAAAAAUAAAACCUCUGAGGGUGGUGCAACACCUAAGGCAAUCUUUAAUACGGAAACUAAGAUUGAUGCAACGAAAGCCAGAACAUCCCAGGAUAACUCAACCAGUGAUGCCAAUGACAGUACAAACGCUUCACCACCCACGGCCAAAACAGACAGCAAUGUAAACAAUGGAUCCAAAACAUUAACGCGUGGAUUGAAAAUAAAUGUUAAUGCCACACCUACAAACUCCAGUGGAGAAGACAACUCAAGCGAUCCCGAUUAUUCCAUCUCAAGAGUCAGGUCCGUGUCAAAAAAUAAGAGAAAAUUUGGUGAUGGGAAUAAUAAAACCUCUAAGAGUGGUGCAACGCCUAAAGCAAACUCUAAUGCUGAAACUAAAAGCAAUGCAGCAAAAACCAGAACAUCCCAGGAUAACUCAACCAGUGAUCCCAAAGACGGUACAUCACCACCCACAGCCAAAACGAACAGCAACAUAGACAACAAUGGAUCCAAAACAUCAACGCAUGGAGCCAAAACAAGUGAUAACGCCACAAGUAAAACCACCAAUGCUGCAUGUGCAGUGCGUACGACGACUCCGCGCCUAGCAGGUGGCACUGCCACGAAACCCCCACCGAGUACUCCACAAACUGAAAUUGUCGUGGACAUGUUUGUCGUGGCCAGGAGGAGGGAAAUGACCUGGCAGAAAGGGCAAAUUAAGGAAAUACAAAUAAAGGAAGAUGGAAGGGUGAAAUACAAAGUUUUUUUUGAAAACAAAGGCAAAAGCCUAGUAUCUGGUCACCACAUCGCCCUUGACUGCUUGCCUAAAGUGGACAAUUUGGUUGUGGGCGCUCGUGUUGUGAUUGAGCGUCCGGAUGACCAAGAGUGCUGCCCCGGCAUCCUGGCAGAAGUUCCCAGCAGAAAAAAUCGCAUGAGGUUCCUGGUUUUUACUGAUGAUCAGAAGCCAUUCUAUGUCGGCUUACGUGCACUACACCUGGUGUACAAACCAUUGCCAGACCCUUUGGAUGAUAUUAUAAAUGACGAUCAUAGGGAAUUUCUUAAGGACUAUUUGGCGAGGUGGCCUUACCCACCUCUGACCCACUACAGGGUUGGACAGGUGGUCAAUGCAGAAUUAAAUGGAACCCUACACAAGUGUGAGGUACUGGUGGUUGACAGCAGCUUAAUACAAGUCAUAUUUCAGAAAACGCAAGACAAAGAAUGGAUCUACCGAGGCUCCAUGCGCCUGGAACACAUGAUUAAUAUGAAGAAGGCGUUGAACUUGACAUCUACUAAAAAAUAAUGCACAGGAAAGUUGCUCGAGUCUGUGUCGACCCAGAUGGCAGCAUCACAUCAUCUGCAAUGUUGACUGUGGCUCAAAACAGUGUUGUGUGGUCUUAGAUCAUAGAAUGUGAUUGUAUCACUCUAUUUUGCUGGAAUGGCAGAACACUAAUUACCAAUACAAUUUGUUCAUAGUAUUAUUUUGUCAAUUGUCAAUAAAAAUACAUUUUCUUUAAGCUUAUUUUACCAAAAUACCUGUGACUAAAAGACAAAAGUGAAAACAAACCUGAAAUCACUGGUAUUAAAACGUACUGACUGUAAUUGAAAGUCCUGUUCUGUUCCCUGGAAGUUGAAUUACUAGAAGGCAACAAAAUAACAUGUAUUUUUGAGGAAAAUAUAUUUGAGGAGGCUGCUGAAUAUGGAACAUGAUUCUAAAGUAACUUGUGGCCUGUAAUAAAGCUUUGUUUUUUUAUUCAUCUGCAACA